AUGGAGGCGAACGGCAGCGGCAGCAGCAGCGACUCGGCUCCCGACUGCUGGGAGCAGGCGGACAUCGAGCCGGGCAGCGCAGCCGGCCCGGGGGCCGCCCCGGCGGGCGGGGAGGCCGAGGCCCAGCAGGAGCUGCUGGGGGCGGCCUUCAGCCGGCAGCUGAACGUCAACGCCAAGCCCUUCGUGCCCAACGUCCACGCCGCCGAGUUCGUGCCGGCCUUCCUCAGGGGGGGGCCGGCGCCCGGCCUGCCGCCGCCCUCGCCCCCGCCCGGCCUGCCGCCGCCGCCCCACGGUGCACCCGUAGAGACUUCUCCGGAGGAGCAGACAGCCUCUUGUGAAGGUUCAAAUGCUGCUGCUAACAUGGAAAUUUCAGAAUCUGUUGUGGAAAAUGGAGAGACAGAAAUGUCCCCAGAAGAGUCAUGGGACCACAAAGAAGAAACAAGUGAAGCGGAACUAGGAGGUGGUCCAUCGGUGGAUUCAGGGCCUUCUGAAGAAAGCGCUCAGGAAAUGAUGGAAGAAGAGGAGGAAAUACCAAAACCUAAAUCUGUUGUAGCGCCACCAGGUGCUCCUAAAAAAGAGCACGUAAAUGUAGUAUUCAUUGGGCAUGUAGAUGCUGGCAAGUCAACCAUUGGAGGACAAAUAAUGUAUUUGACAGGAAUGGUUGAUAAAAGAACACUUGAAAAAUAUGAAAGAGAAGCUAAAGAAAAAAACAGAGAAACAUGGUACCUUUCGUGGGCUUUAGACACAAACCAAGAAGAACGAGACAAAGGUAAAACAGUAGAAGUGGGUCGUGCCUAUUUUGAAACUGAGAAGAAACACUUCACUAUUCUAGAUGCUCCUGGGCAUAAGAGCUUUGUUCCAAAUAUGAUUGGUGGGGCUUCUCAAGCUGAUCUUGCAGUGCUGGUUAUUUCUGCAAGAAAAGGAGAGUUUGAAACUGGAUUUGAGAAAGGUGGACAAACAAGAGAACAUGCCAUGCUAGCAAAAACAGCAGGUGUAAAACAUUUAAUAGUUCUUAUUAAUAAAAUGGAUGAUCCAACUGUAAACUGGAGUAAUGAAAGAUAUGAGGAAUGUAAAGAGAAACUGGUGCCGUUUUUGAAGAAAGUUGGCUUCAAUCCCAAAAAAGAUAUUCAUUUCAUGCCCUGCUCAGGACUGACUGGAGCAAACCUUAAAGAACAGUCAGAAUUCUGCCCUUGGUAUAUUGGACUACCAUUUAUUCCCUACCUGGAUAAUUUGCCAAACUUCAACCGUUCAGCUGAUGGACCAAUCAGGCUGCCAAUUGUGGAUAAAUAUAAGGAUAUGGGCACUGUGGUCCUUGGAAAGCUGGAAUCAGGUUCUAUUUGCAAAGGACAACAGCUUGUGAUGAUGCCAAACAAGCACAAUGUGGAAGUUCUUGGGAUCCUUUCUGAUGAUGUAGAAACUGAUUCAGUAGCCCCAGGUGAAAAUCUAAAGAUCAGACUGAAGGGAAUUGAAGAGGAAGAGAUCCUUCCAGGAUUUAUUCUCUGUGAUUCCAACAACCUGUGUCAUUCUGGACGCACGUUUGACGCCCAGAUAGUGAUAAUUGAGCACAAAUCCAUUAUCUGUCCAGGUUAUAAUGCUGUGCUGCACAUCCACACCUGUAUUGAAGAAGUUGAGAUAACAGCCUUAAUCUGCUUGGUGGACAAAAAAACAGGAGAAAAAAGUAAGACACGGCCACGCUUUGUGAAACAAGAUCAAGUAUGCAUUGCCCGUUUAAGGACAGCAGGAACUAUCUGCCUUGAGACAUUCAAAGAUUUCCCUCAGAUGGGUCGCUUUACCUUAAGAGAUGAGGGUAAGACCAUUGCAAUUGGAAAAGUUCUGAAACUGGUUCCAGAGAAGGACUAAGCAUUUUUCUCAAUGACCCCCGCACAAUACUGUGAGGAAAAUCGACUCUGCAAAAGCCUACUUCACACCGCCUUCUUAUUUUCUGCCCAUUGAUAAACUUCUCCCCAUAUUUUGCAAAGACAAAUUUCACAGCAAAGGUCCACAUUAUGUCAGCUUUCUCAUAUUGAGAGCUCUGCUAUGCCACUGUUGAAUUUCCCCCCCAAAUUUUUUUUCUCCCAAAUUCUGCUUCCUUGGAAAGAUUCGGCAAUAGCUUUGUAAGUGAUGUGGACAUAAUUGCCUAUAAUUAUGAAAAUCUAACGGAUUUUUAAUGUUUAAUUUCCCCCAACAUAUAUAUGAAGACCUUUUUUUUUUUCCAGGCAGAUCAUUCAGAGUGUGCGAGUGUGUGUGCACAUGUUACAAAGAUGACUACCAUGUUAAUAAACUAUUCAAUUUGAAAUCUUUUUCGGUAUUUGAAUUGCUUUUGAAUAAUGUUUUUUAUCCAGAUGUAACACAGUUGCAUUAGCUUUUUAACUUUCCAGUAACCUCAAUAUUUGGUUACCUGGAUUUUUCUAAACUCCUCAGCCUCCCCACACACACAGUUUUAAACGAGGCAAUUAGGCACUCAGCCAAGUUUGUAUUAAAAGAAUUAGUUUUGCCCCCUUCCCUUUGUUGAAGGCAUUCUUAAAAUGAAAAACAUUCAUGCAAAUGUGGCACCUUCAUUAGCUUUACAUUUGUUAAUAUCUUCAGCAAACUUAGGUUGACUUAACAUCAUUACUAGACACAGUAAGUCAAUUUUGAAGGCUAAAACUACAUAUUGUGUCUUUAUAAAAAUUCAGCGUUGUUAAAUUCUUAACUGCAGAAAAUGCUAACAACCAGUAAAUCAGUGAAAUUGCGAAAAUAAGAAUCUGUGGCAAUAGUGCCUAUUAGUAUUUAUAAGAGCUACAUUUUGUGGGAGAACUGGGCCAAUGAAAAAGUGCCAGUUUAUAUAAGUUACUCAGUUCACCCUGUCUUUAAUUUACAGGGCUGGAUAAUCCUGGCUGUUUUAAAUAUCAGUCUGGACUGAGAGGGAGAAAGACUAUUUAAAUCCCUACGAGUUUGCACAUACUGAAAUAUGGGAGGGUCAGAAUCAAGCACAGUCUGUAAAUUUUUGCAUAUCAAAAAGCAAUGUAAGCUUAUAGGGACCAGUGAAGUUCUUCAAAAACUGGUUCAACAUAAAGCUUACUCUCAGUACAACUUGAAGGAGCUGCAUAAUAAAACCUUAUUUAGCUGCACUUUGAAAGUGGACUGUCUACAAUUGCUAUCCUGAUUCUAACAAUUAGGAUGAAGGCUAACUGUUUUUUUCAUUUUCCAGAAUAUUAGUAGCAAGUAUUAAAAGGUAUCUCAGAGCUUCUUCAGAAUGUCUUAAACUAAACAUUUUCAGUUGUACAAUUGUGGUGAGCCCAUCUCCUCCCCCAAAAAUUUACAGUCUAGUGACUGUAUCUGAAUUCACAGAACUCAAAACUGAAACAGAUUUUUUUUGUUGAUUUUUUUUUUUUGGUUUUGUUUGUUUCUUUGUAACUGUGGAACUCCCAUUCAUUUCACUUACAGCUACAUUGUAUGGACAGAAGAAGUUAUUGUCCUUCAGUUUCAUAUGACUACACUUGUAGCUACCGUAAUGCAUGGAAUUGAAAUAAAUUUUAUUAUGUCUGCAAAUCUCUGGGCUUUUAUUUUUUGGUAAAUCAGAGUUUUAAAGUACCUUUUUUUUUUCCCUACCAAGUGAACAAACCCCGAAUUUCCUUGGCUCUUAAAUUAAUGAAGAAAUUAAAAGCCAAGGAAAGUUACUGUCUUGUUCUCAUUCUGAAUUGAUUUAGGAUUUCCAUGUAUCUCAUAUCAUAACCCUUUCUUGAAGUAAGCUUAUGAAUUUGAAAUAUGCUGACUGUUUGGCUAAUACUUUGAUUCCUAAAUUGUUAAACUUUUAAAUUUUGUUCAUUUAUUGAUAUGCAUCUCAAGGCUACAUGAUGCUCCAGUGGAAUUUUUCACUUUAGUAUAAACCUAAUGAGGAAUUCUAAAGCUUCGUUAUAUUGGGGCUGUACUGAGUAUUCAUUAUUAAACUGAAAAAUCAUCUGAUGGGUUGAAAUACUAGUAGAUAGAAAGUUUUGGCAUUUCCAUAAUUCACCCCAGUUAGUGCAUUUGAUUGCCACUUCCGUAAAUCUAAUUAACAUCACCUUGUUUGUAAAGAGAACUUAAAUUAUUUCAAGUUCAUUAACGGACUACAAUACAAUUAGAUAUUGCUAAGCUACAAGAGGGUUUUUUUUUGGGGGGGGGGAUAUAAGAUAUUUGCAUUCUCUAAAAUUUAAACAUACUUGAUAUGAAAAUGUAAAGCAUAGGUCUACACAGUUUGGCUACAUUUUAGAUAGAAGAGCUAAGAGUCCAUUAUAUUUGAAUAAACCUCAGAUUACAUCUCAACUUUUUCAUUACAUCUCCAUUCUACAUUUUAUAGUCCCAUUUUUACUAUUAUUGAGUACAGCUAGAUCUAGAUGAAAGGGAAAAAAAGUGUGGCUUUGCUUGAAAUAAAUACUACUUGCUGAUUCACUGAGGGUAAUCAACUUUUUUAAAGGACCAUUUUGAAUACUUAUUUUUGUCAAAAUGUGGUAUGCUGCUUUAAAGAAUUAAUGAAAAUUAAGAAGCUGUGCAACCACAAUAGUAAAAAUAAGUAAACAAAAAUAAGUAAUAAAAGUUGGAUUGAGGCUAUAGAAACCAUAGGAGCAUGGCUGGUAUAGCUGUGCUAGCACAUGAUACUGGCAGAGUAUUCCUGGGUCCUGGACUGGAUAUAGCUUAUACCAGCAAAACUGUGAGUGAGUUUCUGCAGAAAGGAGCAAUUUGGGGAUGUUUCUCCCCCGUAUAAUUGCAUUUACAGCAGCCUUUGUAUGCGAUGUGGUACUAAUCAGGAUCACACCUCUUUUCCCUGAUUGUUGGCCAAAGUUUGUAGCGUAGAUAUGGCUUAAGUGUAUAGCCAUGAUGUAAGUUAUAAAUUAUAAUUAUGUAAAUUAAGACCUUGUAUGUCAUUUAAAUGAAAGCCUUGGUAUAUGUAACAAUAAUUAAAUGUAAAAAAAAAAAAAAA